AUGAAGCCACACAAGAAAAAGAACAAGAAUAGUCUCCAACAGACAGAUUUGAAUAAUCGUUUAGAACCCGAAACUGAUAUCAGCACCCAAGUUACUCCUACUUCUGCAGUUAACUUUGCUCGAGGAUACAAAAGAGCAAAAAUAGUUGGAUGGACUUCUGAAGAUCUAAUCUCAGAGAUACUCUCAAGGCUGCCUGAGAAAUCUGUUGCGAGGUUUCGUUGUGUUUCGAAGCUUUGGUUAUCAAUCACCAAAGAUCCAUAUUUCAUCAAGUUGUUCGAAACUCGGUCCCCACAGCAAAGUCUUUUGGUUUGCUUCUUUGAAAAUGAAAAGUUGUUUGUUGCCUCGAUUCCACAACUUCGGCAUUCACUUCAGAAUUCCAAAAGGUCUUACUCUUGUUAUCAGUCUAUUUAUGGGCAUCAUAUGGAACUCCCUGAAGGAUAUGUUAACUUCUCUACGGAAUCUGUCGAGGGCUUGAUCUGCUUUAAAGUAUUAGGAACGCCUAUAGUUUGGAACCCUAGUACAAGACAGCUAUUAACUUUACCCAAACCAAAAUUUAGCUGGAAUGACGUUAAUAUUUUUUUAGGUUACGAUCCGGUUCAAGGUAAACACAAAGUAAUGUGCAUACCUCUUUGUAGAGUUUCUAAUAAAUGCCGGGUGCUAAGUUUGGGAUCAGCUCAAGAAUCAUGGAGAAGUAGAACAAUAAAAACUCGCUAUAAGCAUCGUUCAAAAAGUCAGUCUUCUGGUCGAUGCAUCAAGGGGGUUGUAUAUUAUAAAGCCCAAGUUAAUGAUACGCGUGUUUGGGUUGUGAUGAGCUUUGAUGUCAAAUCUGAAAAUUUCGAUAUGAUACAAUUGCCAUCGGAUACUAAUCAUGAUAAAAGUGUUCUCAUAACUUAUGAAGGGAAGUUAGCUUGUGCUCGAAUGAGUAUCAUGAAGAGUGGUAGAGUUAGAGGGAAGAGUUGUAGCACAUUUUUAAUUUUGGAGGAUGCAAAGAAACACAAGUGGUCGCGUAAAGAUGUUUUACCUGUUCAUUUUGGAAUACCUGCUGGUUUGACAACUCAUGCUGGUGAGUUUAUUUACGAAGUAUCCGGGUUUGAAAUGAUGAGUUAUAUUUUAUUAUAUGAUCCGGUGAAACAAAGCUGUAGACGAUUCGAACUUAAAGGAAUCACAGAGGACACAUCUAGGCUCAGAUCGAUGGAUGUGCUCUAUGCUUUCCCGAAUCACGUUGAGAAUCAAAUGUCUUUGUAA